AUGAAAGGAAACCUGAAGGUGUACUGGGGGAAUCCCUACAUGUGCAAUAAUGAAUGUGAUGCAAGUACCCAAGAACUGGCUCAUCCUCCAGAACUGAUGUUCGAUCUCGAAGGAAGACAUCCCUCCACAUUUUGGCAGUCCACGACUUGGAAGGAUUAUCCAAAGCCUCUUCAUGUUAAUAUUACGCUCUCCUGGAACAAAACCAUUGAGCUUACAGAUAACAUAGUUAUCACUUUUGAAUCUGGCCGUCCAGACCAAAUGAUCCUGGAGAAAUCGCUCGACUAUGGACGAACAUGGCAGCCCUACCAAUACUAUGCCACAGACUGCUUAGAUGCCUUCCACAUGGAUCCAAAAUCAGUGAGGGAUUUAUCGCAGCACACAGUCCUAGAAAUCAUUUGCACAGAGGAAUACUCUACUGGGUACAUGACAAAUAGUAAAAUAAUCCACUUUGAAAUCAAAGAUAGAUUUGCUUUUUUUGCUGGACCUCGGCUUCAUAACAUGGCUUCUCUUUAUGGACAGCUUGACACAACCAAGAAGUUAAGAGAUUUCUUUACCAUCACAGAUCUGAGGAUAAGACUGCUUAGGCCAGCAACUGGAGAAAUAUAUGUAGAUGAACAACAUCUGGCACGCUACUUUUAUGCAAUUUCAGACAUAAGAGUAUACGGAAGGUGUAAGUGCAACCUUCAUGCUACUGGCUGUAAAGAAGAAAACAAAAGACUACUUUGUGAAUGUGAGCAUAACACAACUGGCCCAGACUGUGGAAAAUGCAAGAAGAAUUACCAGGGCCGACCAUGGAGCCCUGGUUCUUAUCUGCCUAUACCUAAGGGCACUGCUAAUAUCUGUAUACCCAGUAUUUCCAGUAUUGGUACUCCUCCAAAGUUUGAUAGGAUAUGGCCGAAUAUUUCUUCCCUUGAGGUUUCUAAACCAAACCAAGUUGCUCCCAAAUUAGCUAUGUCAACUGUUUCUUCUGUUCAAGUUGCAAACCACAAGAGAG